AUGCAUAGAAGGAAGAUGAAGCAAGAAGGAGCUGAGAUGAAGGAGAAGAAAGAGGAGGAUGCAGUACACCUGCAGAGGACAAUAGGCCUCCUGCCUGCUGUGUCCUUCGUCGUAGGUUCUGUGGUGAGCAAUGGGAUCUUCAUUGCCCCUAAGGGGGUCCUGACGAACAGCGGCAGUGUGGGGCUCUCUCUGCUGGUGUGGGCAUUAUGUGGGAUCCCCUCUCUGUUUGGGGCUUUGUGCUAUGCUGAACUGGGCACCACCUUUACAAAGUCAGGAGGGCACUACACCUAUCUACUGGAGACCCUAGGACCCCUGCCUGCCUUCAUACGACUCUGGGUGGAGUUCUUACUCAUCAGGCCAUCAGUGGCGUCAUAUGUGUCCUUGGCUUUUGGCCGCUAUGUGGUGGAGCCAUUCUUUGCACCCUGUGCUGCUCCCACAGUGCUUAUCAAACUGGUCAGCAUCCGGGGAGUGACAUUUGCCGUGGCAAUAUACUGUUGGAGUGUGACCAUGGCGUCUCGAACUCAGGUCGCCUUGACGUUCAUAAAGGUGUUCGCUGUAGCCCUCAUCAUCAUCCCUGGUGUCAGUGCAUUAGCCAAAGGAAGGACAGAAAACUUCCAGAAUGGUUUUGAGGUUAAAUCAAUCACACUGGAUAGGUUGCCUCUGGCUUUCUAUAGUGGUCUAUAUGCCUAUGGUGGAUGGUUUUAUCUGAAUUUUGUCACGGAAGAAAUUGUCAAUCCUAUCAGAAACAUCCCUUUGGCCGUUAUCUACUCCAUGAUGACAGUAACAGUCCACUAUGUGUUUGUUAAUAUGGCCUACUACACCAUGAUGACUCCUGCUGAGCUGCUGGUGUCUGACACGGUGGCCAUGACCUUUGCUGACCGUGCACUCCAAGGGCUGGCAUCUGUGAUUCCUGUACUAGUGGCCAUAUCCUGUCUCGGGUCACUGAAUGGUGGAUUCUUCGGAUCACCCAGGAUGCUGUUCGUGGGGGCUAGAGAAGGCCACUGGCCGGCGCUCUUCUCAAUGAUCCACAUCCACAGACACACACCCCUCCCUGCUGUGCUACUACUGUACCCCUUGGCGGUGGUGAUGAUAGCUACUGGCGAGAUAUUCCAGCUCAUCAACUUUGCCUCCUUUCUGCGGUGGUUCUUCAUUGCUUUGGCGACCUUGGGAAUGCUCAUCCACCGUUACCGCUUCCCCCUCCACCCCAGACCUUUUAAGGUGCCUCUGGCCAUCGCGGUCAUCUUCACAGUUGUGUGUUUCUUCAUUGUGGGCCUGUCGCUGUACUCGGACCCCUGGAACACGGGGUGCGGCUGUUUGUUGACACUGACCGGGGUCCCAGUCUACUACCUGACAAUCUAUCGCUACUGCUUGCCUUCGAGAUGGAGACGCAUCUUCAGUGAGUCACGCCUUCAUUGUGAUGAAGACAGGAACUGCAUGCAAGCCUUCAGCUUUCAAGAGCAGAAGCUGCGUGUCUGUGAAGUAUGCAACACCUACCUGGAUCUCCAUGACAUCAAUUUGUUUCACCCAAAAGGUAUGUCCAAGCCAUCUUUAGACCAGACUAGAUCUAGACCUAAACUAGACCUAGACCAGGCACUAGACCUAGACCAGGCACUCACUUGA